AGAGGACGCUCAUCCAUAUCUUGCCGAUGACGGUGGAGUGGGACUGGACCUUGUCCAGUAAAGCGGAGAGAAACCCCCAGUCUCCCAUGACGGCUUUUCUGGAGGUCUCUGGAAAUGACGAUUUCAUCACGUUCCUCAUGAUCAUGUGGGUGGCGACUUUGAACAUUUCAGGGUUUCGAAUUUUCAUGUAUUGCAAGAUCUUGAGUCAAAGCAAAGGUAGGCAAUGUAAAGAUUCUCUGUGAUGCAGUUCUGAAUGUGUGUGUGUGAUUGUGUGCGAUUGUGUAUUAAUUGACCCGAGGUCAAGUCUGAUUAUUUUUUUGUGGGAGGACACUGAUAAAAAGCUUCACUUAGUAAAAGAUGAACUCACGACCUCAGUUUCAUAGGACAUAUCAUCCUAAAGGUCAGCAUGGAAGAUUGGGGCUUUCUCUCCAAGCUGCUAGACAAAGUGCAGUCUCACUCCACCAACAUCGGGAAGGUGUGGCUGACGGUUCUGCUGAUCUUCAGAAUAAUGGUUCUCUGUGCCGGACUGGAUAAAGUCUGGGGAGAUGAACAGUCCAGCAUGGUCUGCAACAUCAACACGCCUGGUUGCUUAAACGCAUGCUAUGAUAAAGCCUUCCCCAUUUCCCACAUGCGAUUCUGGGUUCUCCAAAUCAUCUUUGUGGCCACGCCAACUCUGGUUUACCUCGGCUACGUUUUGCACGUCAUCCACAAGGAAAACAAACUAUGGCAGCAUUUGCAAAACCAGGUUGAUAAAGACGGAAUCAAACGUCCAAAAUACACAGCCGACAAUGGAAAGGUUUACUACAAAGGGAGCCUGCUCGGUUGUUAUAUGCUGAGUCUUAUUGUGACCAUUUUGUUUGAAGCAGGUUUCAUUGUGGGCCAAUAUUAUUUAAUCGGCCUUUAUAUGCCCAAACAGCUUGACUGUUACAGGGCACCUUGCCCUGACAUUGGUCUACAUUGCUUUACAUCACGACCAACAGAAAAGACCAUCUUUAUUAUCUUCAUGCUUAUUGUGGCAUGUGUAUCUUUAGCUUUAAAUGUAGGAGAGAUAUUUUAUCUGAUAGGUCACAGUGCCAGGUACAGAAAGAUCCCACAUCCAAUGGCUGAUAUGCAUAAAAUAACCUCCACUGAGAAUUCCUGCUAAAAAGAAAUCAUAAACGGUAAUGUAAUUUUGAUUAAACACUUAACACAUAUUGAUUUAAAGAAUGCAAAUAUGUAUCGGAUCAAAAACAAAGACAGACAUGAACUACAUAGCAUUGUUUGUCAUUUGGUUUUUGUUUGUUUGUUUAACGCACAUAAAUGUGAAAUUUGUGUAUCUAAAUCUGUAAAUAUCUUGUAUAUACCUUUAGGCAUGACUUUAAGUAGUACUUAUACAAAUAAUUAUCACAUAAACACAUUUGGCAAUCUACAUUUUAUGCAAAGUGAAUUAAAAUUUCCUACUUUCUCGUCAUCGAAACCCAUAAGCCUUUGUGCUGCUAAUACCUACCUAUUGAGCUUGAAAGUAUCAUGUGGGUAAAUAUAAAUGAAAAAGAAACAAAGAAGGCUGUGGUGCAAAGUAAAUCGAUUUUGCUAUUACAGUACGUGUCAAAGGUUAACCGGAUUUUUUUCUCACGCAUUUUCACCAGCAGGGGGCGUAUGUAGUCCACUGAUUGUCCGGUCUUCUAACUCUUAAUACUGCAGACAGUUAAUAUAAUAUUAAGAGCAAACAAUAAAUGUUGUGCUUAACUAAAAGAAGUCUUUUUUAUUUAUGUGUUUUUUUAUUUGUGCUUUAACUGUUGGUAUCAAACACAGUAUUUACAAACAAG